AGGAGAUUUCAUUCAUCGAUUCGUAGUUGUACGACUCGGGAGUACUUAUUGCCAAGUCUUGUUUCUGGCGAUUUUGCUACUUUGUUCAGUGCAUGUUUAACUUUUUGUAAGUGGAAAUUUCGCAUCAUUUGGUCAGAGUUUUCCGGAUUUGCAUCUCGGAACGUGGAGUUCGGUUCAACCUUUGUGACCACAGCUAAAAAGUCGAAAGUGUGCCGCGAGUUUUUCGCAUCGAACCACCAAACUGGAUCCGCCUGGCCAAUUCCGAUCGAUUAAUCGACCGUCGGUGUGAUGAUGGUUUCCAUGUCGUCGCGUUUUCACAAGGUGUGAUACGUUUUUAUUUCGUGUUAUUUUUUUUUUCGUUUCUACGGUUUUCGGUGGUCGCCAUUUGGGGCUCCUGCAGUAAAUUUCCGUGUGCAGAGCAUUAGUUGUUUCUGAGACGUGUGUUCCGGUUUUGUUUUUUCGGUGGUUAGUUCCCUGUGGGCAGUUGUUUCGAAAUUGCUCAUCAUUAUCAUCGAGUGAAAGUAUGAGUCUGUGAGAAAGGCGACCACUUUGUGAACAACGUGGUCCAACUCUAACUUCAAUCAAGUCAAGUUUCGUCGUUUGUGCAGCGGAUAUACCCAAUUUCGGCCUUCAGACCCGUUAUACGGUUCGGUUCAUCCAUCAAGACCAGCUAAUUGACUUUCAAGGAUUUCAUCCGCAGCACUUUACGUUUUGAACCGUUUCAUUUGACACCGCCAAAAUACUACCAACAAGGAAAAUGCGUCCCCGUAUCGAAAGCUCAAUUGGCGAUGAUGCCAUGGAGAGCUGCGGCUAUCUCAGGUUCACCGACGAAAGCAUGAAGUCCAACUUCCUGCAAAGCUUGAGCACCAUGCGUCGCCAUCGGCUGUUCUGCGAUGUAAUACUUUUGGUCGGCAGUACGGAAAUCCACGCCCAUCGGAACGUGCUGGCCUGUGUCUCUCCUCACCUGAUGGAACUGUUCAGCUCGGAUGUCGGAAACCUAAACGUUUCGACCAACGAGACGGGAAAGAUUCCGUGCUACCGACUGAACGGCCAUAUCACCACCCAGGGGCUCAAGUGUCUGGUUGAGUACGCUUAUACCGGCUCGCUGGAGUUGCCCAACGACAUGAUACGCGAUGUGUAUCUGGCAGCCUGGCAGCUGAAGAUUGACACGGUGGUCAAGGAAUGCGCGCGCUACAUGGUCAAUGACUUGGAGCCGGAAACGUGCAUCGACACUCGCUCCCUACCGGGCAUCAAUCGUAACAAGUCCUUCGUGCAGGAGGUCGAUGCCUAUAUUGCGAAGAACUUUACGGAGAUUGCGCUGCAACCGAGCUUCCUUCAGCUUCCAUGCAUCCUCAUUGAGGUGCUGUACCAGACGAAGCUGGAAAUGUCGUUGGUCACGGAGACGUCGCUGAGCCGGUUGGUAGUCGACUGGAUCCGUCGUCAAAUGACCGAAGAGGGCAAUACGGUUCCGAACCUGAUGGAGCGCUCCCACAUGCUGUACUUGGCCUUGGACAACUCGCUUCAGGAUUGCUCUGAUCUGCCGCCUGGUCAGGAGUCCGAGAGCGAUCUGGUUCAAGACUACAAGCGUUUGGUCCUGAAGUGUCCCAGCAAUAAGAAACAUCGCAAGGGAUUGAAAACUGCGGGAAGGCCGCGAGUCAUUCUCUACAAUAUGGACAUUGGAGAGUGCGAUGAAGACACAAGCAAGGACUGCGAAUGGACCUUAAUCGCCACGUCCAAGCUGGCUGACCAUACGUUCAUCUCUUUGAUUACCUUGGACGGAAACCUUACGCGUCUGUCCAUUCAGUUGCGUCUGAACGCACCGACUACGCCUUCCCCUAUCAACACACCGGAUACGAUCAGUUCCAGUGUCAGCAAGGAAGAGGAUUUGGAUGAAUCCGUCAAACCGGAACUGUUCUGCGAGGUGGCCACGAUGUCCGGCCCGAAGUGCGGUUUGGGCGUUGCCGAGUUGGAAGGCAAACUCUUCGUCUGCGGAGGAUAUGAUCGUGCGGAGUGCUUGCGCUCCGUGGAAUCCUACUGUCCAGAUACGAACAGCUGGACCCAGGAGAAUAAUAUGGGUGAAGCCCGAGGACGAGUGCAGAUUGCAGUUAUCGACGGUGCGGUGUAUGCUGUGGGAGGCUGUAACGGAACAACUGAGCUGGACACAGUUGAAUGCCUGUCCAAGAUCGACAAGAAGUGGAUCAAGGUUUGUCGGCUACCGCUGGCGCGAAGCAGUGCCGGUGUAUGCGCUUUGGAUGGUAACAUCUACUGCGUUGGUGGCUGGAACGGACAGAGCGGUAUUCGGCAGUGUGACGUGCUGAAGCCGGAGGAGAACAAAUGGUACUCGAUUGCACCGCUCAACACAGGUCGCUACCAGGCAGGAGUCGCUUCGUAUCGCGGAUCGCUUUGGGUUGCUGGCGGUAGCGAUGCAUGGAACUGCUUGGGAUCGGUUGAACGGUAUGACCUGGCUAGCGACCAGUGGACCUACGCGCCGUCGCUAUUGACACCGAGACGCGGAUGCGGCUUGGCAGAGUUCAACGGCAAACUGUAUGCCGUCGGAGGCAGUGACGGUUCCCACUCGCUGAACAGUACCGAAUGCUACGACGAGGUCAACAAGUGUUGGGUUGCGGGACCGAAUCUAACCUCACCGCGAUCCAAUGUUUCAGUGGCCGUGGUGCAAAACCGUUUGUAUGCGAUCGGUGGCUUUUCUGGCAAAACCUUCCUGAACACCAUCGAGUACCUGGAUGCGACUUCGAACGAGUGGACUACCUUUGUGCAGCAGAGUAACCCGAACAUUGACAACCUGUUGCAGACUUCGCUGCGUAACGGCAUUGGUUGCAGAGCCAGUUCGUCGUCGACAUCGUCUUCGCCGGACAAUCUCAGCAGUCAAAAUGGCGGAAACGAGCACACGUUCAAGCCCAUCCAGACGGCCCAGGUGAAUGAGUACAAUUUGGAAAAGUCCAAAAGUGUCUCCACAAGCGACAAGGAAGUGUCGCAAAUUCUAGCAGGAUCUGAGUGCUUAGGGCUGAAGAAGCUUGCUAUCGAUGACGAGGAUAGUGAAGAUGAUGGGAAAACCAAUGGUACAAACAAUACAAACGAUAGCAGUAUUAAACUUCAGAAAAUUCUUGCGAAAAAUUGUGCGGAACUUGCGACCGGAAAUGGGCACUCGAGCUAACUACCGGCGGACCCAGCGGCAGAAGCUGUUGCGAUAGAAGAAGAAGAGGAACAAGUCCAGCAGCAGCAGCAGCCGUCUUCUUUGAUCUCAGUCUCGACGACCGAGUCUGAGCUGGACUGAGCAAUAUAUUUUAGCCGCGCGUGGUAAGCCCAUAAAUUUUGCGAUAUAUGAACAUCAAGUUGCAUAUACAACACUACGUGCACAUUGAAAUGGGGUCAAAACGGAGUUAAACGCAAGUUUUCGCGAACUUUUUUUCAGUGAAGCACAUUAUAAAACUAUACAAUAGCAAACUCAUUAUAUUUGAUAUAAGUGAUCUUUUUACUACUGUUAAGAUUGAACAUGAAAUCGUUUACAAACUUCUUACUUAUAAAUAUUGUAAUAUGACAUCUAAAAUAAACACUUCAUAAAGCUAAGCAGAAGAAAGUGAACUAAUGUGUAAUUAUCAUUGUGGUGAAUGUAACUUAGGCGAGAACGUUACGCUGUAAAAGAACUUAUACAUCAGGUAUGAAUAACCAAUGGAACAUUUUUAUUCGUUUUUUGAAUGAAUUCAGCUUAAAAUUGCUGAUAGAUGAACUUUUGAACUGCUUAAUAAUGGCGGUCCCAACCGUCAGUAAGUUUUUUGCAUCGAAUCAUGCAUAAAUAUUGUUCUAAAUAUCAUUCAUGACGACCAUUAUUAUAAUUAUCUUUAUCAAAUGAUUUUACGCCCUUGGCGAGAUCUCCACUGUUCACGUUGGUUUAAGAUUUAUGGCGAAAUCUUUUUAGAGCCGCCCAAUGAAUUCUUCAAAAAUUAAAACUUCUACUAAUAACUUAAAGUCUUUCUAAAUCUUCAAAAGAUGCAUCUUUGCUUGAACUUAACACUAUGCAAUUUGGUUUUAACUUGAACUAACAUAACUUCGAUUGAGAAACGAUUUACAUACUCCAUGGGCUAAAGAGUGCUGUGUUGAGUCUACACCGAAUGGAUGGUUCUUCUCCACUGAUGUCGGUCAAUCGCUUUCAGACGCUUUGAACGAUAAGUGCCAUCAAAUCCUUCUGAACUGCGAACGGCGAAAUACUAUUCCGUUGCUUGUCCUUUCUGCGGUAUACGGGCAACGUGUACUGACCAAUGUAGUCUGCCGUUUUUAUAGCUUGACAAUAUCCAACUCUUUAUGCACUUGUCAGAUGCUGUUUCCUAAUUUAUCGCCGAGUGCUGCUCGCAGCACUUAACAUUGUUAUAAUAUGUUUCAAAAUCUAUUGAAGUAAUGUAAAAACUUUAUAAAACCGAACUGCGGAUUUGUAGAGAACUUGUAACGGACACUCUAUUGUGAGAAUCCCACAAGAUACUUUUGAGAAAAAUGUUCUCUAUUCGCAAGGUUAUUCAUACUCCAUCAACAUUCACGUUCAUUCAAAAAGUUGAACAACCUGUGUUGCACAUAAAUUUUAUGAAAUGGAUAUUUAAUAAUCAAGAAACAAGUCGUAUAUUAUUGAAUAUUCGAAAUGAUUUUUUUUUUUUCAAGAAAUUAGAUGUGUAAGAAUAUCUUUUAUCGAUAAUAUAUCGUCUAUACAACAACCUCGAACCGUUAAACAUGGAAAACUGUAAAUGGUUCGAACUGUUUAAAUUACGAUCAUAAAUAAAGACAGCGUGAGAGUACGCCGCGGAUUUUAGGGAAUUAAUAUAUAUACUAAAAACAGUUCUACAUUUUAAGGAUUGUACACUGAAAAGUCUAAAAUAUAGAUCUUACGUCCUUUUUUCAUCUGAGAGGAACUUACAUUUCCAUAUAAUAUCAGAUAGCAAUCCAUAGGGAUCGUUAACUGCACACUACCAGCGAGCAUACACUUGAAAUUAUCAUGAUUUGCAUCAAGGGUCUUUAAACCCUACGAAAAUUGCAAAGUAACCCACUGAUCCACCGUAUCCGUUUUUUUUAUUCGCGAAUCACAUAUACCGAUUCCACGCUGGCCCAAAAAUUUUAUAAAGCCAUCACAAAACCAUGCAAAAACCUCUUUUUUGCGUGCCGAUCUGCGAAUCAAUUGCUGAUCUUUCCCAAACGAUAAUAGUGUGAAUUUUCUUUAUAAGAAAGCAAAAACCAACAGAAAGCAGCGUGAAAUCAAAUAUUUGCAUAUUUUAUACACUGCUCGCGCCUCUACACUCUAUAUACUCGUAAAAACAACCUACACCUUAAAUCAUAGUAAUUUGAAAACCCACACCUGAACAAGAAUGAUUCAGUUACGCCACCCACUAACAGGAUGGAAUUCCUUAGCGAAGUGCUUUUACCUACUUUAAGAAAACAGAUUAUUCAAACCAUAAGUUUCUAAUGAUUUCUAACAUUUUAGUAAAGUAAAUAAAUCUUUUAACAAACAUUGUGAUUCCAAUUUAGUUCAUUGAUUACACGCAUAAGAAGGUUUUACACUCUUUCAAAGCCCAGAACGGCACUACAUGGUGGACCCCUUUCGUCCAGCAGGGGAAUCUAAAUAUGAUGACCAACGUAACAAUACCACCCCCUUUCGUCGUGUAGUGCGCGCCAACUAAUUGGUGGGUCAACCGUAUCAAACGUUAAUAAGUAAGCAACAAAAUAUGUUAACAUUUAAGAGAUAACAAAAAAAGAAAAACAAUUAUGGUGGGUGCUGAUGCGAUGAAGUGAAGAAGCGAUGAAGCUGUGGGUUCGUUGAAAUUUGAAAUAAAGUCUAAGAAUGUA